GCAGGUGUGGUUGAUGUGGAUGGCCAUUUGGUGCGGGAAGAGGAUGGACAGGCUUUUGGGACUAGACCUGUUUCUUUUUCAUCCAGACGUGGUGGGAAGAAGAAAUCCAGGAAAAUCUAUGAGCAGCCCAAGAAGGAAGGAAUUGGGAGCUGUCUUUCUGGGAGAGAUCUGGAUGGUUUUUUACCAUCAAAAAGUCAGGUAAUAAUUUCCACCAAGGAUCUGGAUGUGAAAGAGGGAGCAAGGAACCAGGAUACAGCAAAUACUGAGGCAGAGCUCUCAAAGCCAUGUCCCGUGGAGGAUUCCCAGCAGCCCAGCACCCCUCCAUCCAAGCCAGUGGCAUUUGAGCAGUUUAAGGAGGAGUGUGGAAGUGAGAUCAGCCGGAUCUUUAAAGAGAACAAAAGCAUCCUCCUUGCCAGGAAGAAGAGAAGCAAUACAGUAGUGCAGAGGAUCGACGUCAUCAAGCGUGAGAUGGAGGGCAUCACAAAGGCUCUGGAGGCUCAGAAACAGGAGCGGUCGCAGCAGGGAGAGUAUGGUGAUGAGAAAGGACAGAUCAUAAUUGAUGAGAAGGAGUUUUUACUCAUCAUGAAGCUGAAAGACCUGAAGGAAGAGUACAGGUCUGGUUAUGCUGAACUGCAGGACCUGAAGGCAGAAAUCCAGUACUGCCAGCAUCUGGUGGACCAGUGCCGGAACAAACUCAUCUCAGAGUUUGAGAUCUGGUACAGUGAGUCCUUCCUUAUCCCUAAGGAUGUGCGGGAAGCUGUGAAGCCCGGUGGCAACAUCAGACCUGGAAUGAUUCCCAUAAACAGAGUCAUGUGCCUGGAGGAAGAUGAGCAGGACAGGUUUGAGCGGAUGCAGGAGACGACGCUGCCAGCCUGCCCGGCUUCGGUCUCAUUCUGCAAGGCGAAAAUGAAGACUGAUCAAAAGCACGCGUACACCAGAACCAUGUCGUCCCUCGAGCAAACGCGCAAGAAACCCGGGCUCAUCACAGCUGCGGGGAAGAAUAAACCCCUGUCGUUUCUGCACGUUGUGUAGCAGAUCUGGGCUCAGCCUGCAACCCAGCAUUCAACACAA